GACACCUCUGGCGAGGGUCGUGCUGGGAAGGGGACGGGGUCGGGACCCCUGUGGCCCCCCCUGCCGUCCCCACCAUGUGCUCUGCUCUCUCCCCAGCCAUGAGGGCGUCGCUGCUGCUCCUGCUCGCCUGCACGGCCGUCCUGGCAGUGGGAGCAAGGGCCGACUCGCCCGAGGAGCCGAAGGCGCUGGUGCAGAAGGUGCAGGAGCUCGCCCAGAAAGCCUCGGCCAUGGCCAAGGACGCCUUCAGCAGGGUGCGGGAGUCAGAGGCAGCACAGCAGGCCAGGCAGUGGCUGACGGACAACACGGAGCUGGUGAAGCAGCGGCUGGUCUGGCUCAAGGAGCAGCUGGCAGAGCUCUGGAAGAAGACACCGGCCAUGUAGCCCCACCAGGGACUGGCUGGGGUCCCACUGGGCUGGGGUCCCCCCGGCUCCCACCCGCUGUCGUGGUUCUCUCAAUAAAGUGGGGCUGAAGCAAA